AUGGGGGAAUCGCAUCAACCUCUUGAUCUAGAGUCUGCGAAGGAGGGGAAAGAGCUCUCCGAUCACCAGCAGAGUAUAUUUACAAUAAUCAGCAACCUUCUACAGCCCGAUGGGGGCCUCGACCCGAUAGAAGCAGCCAAUCAAGUGGAUGACCUCGUGCCCAACCAAAGUGAAAAAGAGGCAGAGGAUUUCCUCUGGUCUUUCUGGAACCUCCUUAUUAAGAUUGUAAAAUUGGUGCCUCAUCAUCAUGAGGGUCAAGACCUCCUGGUCCAACUACUGGGAUACUUGCUCAACGUACCGGGUAGGCCACUGGUAAUAUGGGGGGUGAGUAUCCUCGACGUUGAUGAAAACGGCCACAGCUCAUCAGAUGAACAGGCCGAGACCAGUUUAUGGAAAGACUUUCCCUUAUUGGGACCUGUUAUGCGAGAAAGCUGGCAACCACCAACCACCACUCAUGGGGCUCCGGAUCCCGAUGCAGCUGAAAAGUGGAUAAAUCUCAACUCCUUCGCCGCAAGACUGCGCAGUCUAGGGUAUACCCAUUGGCACAACUUCCCGGUCUGGGAGCUGAGGGCGGCGCUGGAAGAAGAGAUCCAAGAUCAGGAUGUUCUCGCAUUCAGGCUCGCAGUGGCGGAGCAAUGGAUCGUCCACGCGGGCCAAGCCAUAUAUAUCCAUGUGACUAUGGAGCCUGCCGAAGAGGAGUCGCGGACCAUGAAGCCGGGGCCUCUCUAUGAAGGGAAAGCCAAGCUUGAUUUGGAGAGAUGGGGUUUCUGGAAGAAUCGGCUUGCUGAACUCGGCAAACAGAGCUCUGGUAGUAUUGCUACCCAGUCUACAUCGCUAUUGGAUAGUUUUGACGACAUCGAAUCGAGGGCGUUCAAGCCAUCGGACGAGAGAUACGUGGCAUAG